GUCGUAUUUGCUCUGAGGCUUGUAACUAGCAAACUCUAUUUACUGUAUCAACGUUAGGCAGGCUAGAAUAUCUCAAGACCGUCAAGACCGUCAAGACCGUCAAGAUCAACGACAAUGGCCUCAAGACCCACCGUUACCGUCCAAUCCGUCUCCGGAGAGGCCUCAACCUCCCUUCCCCUUCCUGCCGUCCUCACAGCUCCCAUCAGGCUUGAUGUAGUCGCCCAGGUUCACAAGAGCAUGGCCAAGAACAGGCGUCAGGCUUACGCUGUCAGCGAGAAGGCUGGCCAUCAGACUUCCGCUGAGUCCUGGGGUACUGGUCGCGCUGUUGCGCGUAUUCCUCGUGUCGGUGGUGGUGGUACCCACCGUUCUGGCCAGGCUGCCUUUGGAAACAUGUGCCGUGGCGGUCGCAUGUUCGCCCCCACCAAGACUUGGCGCAAAUGGCACGUCAAGGUCAACCAAAACCAGCGCCGCUUCGCUACCGUCUCCGCACUCGCAGCUUCCGCGCUCCCAUCCCUUGUUCUCGCCCGCGGUCACCGUAUCGAGCAAAUCGCCGAGGUUCCUCUUGUCGUUGAUAACGCAGCUGAGUCCUUCAAGAAAACAAAGGAGGCUAUAACUCUCCUCAAGGCCCUGAAUGCAUACACGGAUGUCACCAAGGUGUCCAACUCGCGCAAACUCCGUGCAGGAAAGGGCAAGAUGCGCAACCGCCGCUACCGUCAACGUCGUGGCCCUCUUGUCGUUUUCAAGGACGACAACGGCAUCGUCCAGGCCUUCCGUAACUUGCCUGGUGUCGAACUCGUCAACGUCCAAAGGUUGAACCUUCUCCAACUCGCUCCUGGUGGACACAUUGGCCGCUUCGUCAUCUGGACAGAGGGCGCCUUCAGCCUCCUUGAUGAGGUGUUCGGCACCUUCGACAAAGCCUCCUCGUACAAGAAGGACUACCUCCUUCCCACUGCUAAGAUCUCUAACCCCGACGUUACUCGUCUCAUCAACAGCACUGAGAUUCAAUCUGUUGUUCGCCCUGCAGGCCCAAGGGUCCAGAAGCGCCCAUGGACGCAGAAGAAGAACCCCCUCGUCAACAAGGGCGUUCUCUUCCGCAUGAACCCUUACGCCAAGACCCUCCGCAGACAAGAGUUGCGUAUGUAUCUUAUAUACCUUUCAUUUAAUCAAAUUGAUCACUCAUGUAUUACGUUGGUGUGUUAUAGUCAAACAGGAGCGUGUCAAGGCACAAAAAGACAAGAAAGGAAAGAAGGCCAAGGGCUCCUCUGCUGGAGAGGCUUUCCUCAACACGUUGUUCGCUCCUUGAGUGUGUUGAAGUUAUGGUUACCUACAUCUACGUCGAUUGUCCUCGCAUGCCCUUAUGCAUUCAUGCCAUGCAAAAAUUGUCAUUCAUGGAGACUUUACUUUGCUAGUACUUCUGAUCAAUUUCAGAUCUCGUUCCACUCCAUUCCCGCUUAGUCAAAGUGCGUCCAAUGGAGUUAUGCUUCAGCCACAUCAUUCCCGUCGAAAGUGGACGCGUUUUUAGACCAUUUGGCCUGACAACGCCUGACAGUUUUUCCCCCUUGGGCAGCUGAAUUCAAUCCGCUUACCCUGCAGGAGUGUGGAGCUUACGUCUUUGAUAAAUUCCAAACACGAUUGGUACAAUACCCGCUUCAAUCAAGCUUCAAUUGAGAAAAAAAUGGUAAAUUUCCGCAAAUGGGCUGCUAUAACGCCCGCUACAUGUGUCAACAUUUCAAUCGUGUCCCAUCGUGUCCAAGUCGAGCUCUUGGGAUGCUUUUUUCUUGGAGCAACAUUGCA